AUGGCGGUUAAUAUGCGCUCACAGUCCCCGCUGGGGAAACGAGACAUGAGGCCUUCUCAAAUCCCAUCUCUUAUUCAUUCACGAUCCAACAACGACCUGUAUGACCGCCCGCGCACCCCCCAGCAUUAUGGCUUCACAAGCCCGCUCCAUACCCCACACGGCAGUCCCAGCAAAAGCCGGCUGCCCCCAGGCGCGACAGACCUUCCAAGUAUCUUCGACAAUGCCAUGAAGCUAACUCCUUCGUCGCCCUCGAAAUCGGUUUUCAACCUGAGCGGGCUAUCACCUGGAAAGGGGCAGAUUGGCGGAGGCGAGCCGUCGACCACGUUCACGGAGAGUGUGAUCCAUCGGAAUACCCCUGCGUCUGCCAGCCCAACACGAAGAGGAAAUCAGGAGAAUGCACCACCGGGAGGAUCUCGCCUGGGCAAAGAGCCCGUUUUUCAUUCGAACCAAGCAGCGAUCUCACGACAGGAGGCAUAUCAAACUCGAGGCAGAGAGCGCAAACAUCCCACGCAGACAAGAGGCUUAACAACGGAAGAAUUAGAGAAAUUGCAGCUGCCGAACGUCAAACGCCUCGCGAAUGUGGCCCAGUUAUAUUUUCUCGACCAUUAUUUUGACCUCCUGAGCUAUGUUCAUAACCGCCAGACGCGCCAGUCCCAGUUCAAAGCCGCGUACCCUCCGCCUCCCGCCACCUCCCGUGUGGAAUACGAAGCGGCCUUGAACAAAUACCUGGGCAGAGAGCGGGCUCAUCUGCGCAAACGCAGAACCAGACUGCGCCAUGCCGACUUCCAAAUCCUCACACAAGUCGGACAGGGUGGUUAUGGUCAGGUUUAUUUGGCCCAAAAGAAGGAUACCCGUGAGGUCUGUGCUCUGAAGGUGAUGAGCAAGAAACUAUUAUUCAAGCUGGAUGAGAUCAGACACAUCUUGACGGAACGAGAUAUUCUCACCGCUGCGAAGAGUGAAUGGCUAGUAAAGCUGCUGUAUGCUUUCCAAGAUGACGAGAAGAUAUACCUCGCGAUGGAAUAUGUCCCAGGAGGUGACUUCCGGACUCUGCUCAACAACGCCAGUGUCCUGCAUAACCGUCACGCAAGAUUUUAUAUCGCGGAGAUGAUCCAGUGUGUCGAUGCUCUCCACGCCCUCGGUUACAUUCACCGCGACCUUAAACCCGAAAACUUCCUAAUCGAUUCGACAGGCCAUGUAAAGUUGACUGACUUUGGAUUGGCAGCGGGCAUGCUCAGUCCCGGGAAGAUAGAGUCCAUGAGGAUCAAGCUAGAAGAAGUUGGCAAAACCCCAGUUCCGUUUGGUCGUCCGAUGGGCCAGCGCACCGCUGCCGAACGACGGGAGGGCUACCGGAGUUUGAGAAAGCGCGAAGUGAACUAUGCAAAAUCCAUUGUUGGGUCUCCCGACUAUAUGGCACCAGAAGUGCUUCAAGGAGACGAGUACGAUUUCACCGUCGACUACUGGAGCUUGGGAUGCAUGCUUUUUGAGGCUUUGGCUGGGUAUCCUCCCUUUGCCGGUGCCACCGUCGACGAAACCUGGCAGAACCUCAAGCAGUGGGAGCAGGUUCUGCAGGAACCAGUUUACGACGGCCCGGACUACUUCCUGUCGAGACGGACCUGGGAUUUAAUCACGCGUAUGGUGGCUUCCAAGGAAUCUCGUUUUAAGAAUAUCAAAGAGAUUCAUAUGCAUGAAUAUUUCGCCGAGGUGGAUUUUAACAGGCUGCGGGAAAUGCAACCGCCGUUUGUUCCGGACCUUGACUCAGAGACAGAUGCAGGCUACUUUGACGAUUUCGGCAGCGAGGCAGACAUGGCAAAGUACAAGGAAGUUCACGACAAGCAACGAGCACUGGAGGAUAUGGCGGAACGUGAUGAUAAAAUGAGCAAGAGUUUGUUUGUCGGUUUUACUUUCCGACACCGUAAGCCGGCAAUGGGUACUGAUGGGCGGACCAGCCCGCGAAAAGCCAUUCCAACAGAUGGUUCUUUCGGAACGAUUUUCUGA